UUGAACUUUUCUGGGCUCAGAGACAAAGGCUCAAUAUUUUUUUCCUGAUUUUUGGAGCAGUAUUUUUUUCUCUCAGUAAAAGUGGAGUUUUGAGUCUCUCCUCGGGUGUCGCUCCUCUCCUCCAUCCUGCCCUGCUCCAUGCAGCGUGUUUUUUUCCCUCUCUCGCCCGAAAGAGAAAGACUUGGCAGAGCCCGGCUCAAACUGAACGAGACUCCUGUUGGCUGAAUGCGCGCAACCGAAGAGGACAAAACACCGAUGAACCACACGACAGACGCACACAGCCGAUUCAGAACCAGUCUGUAGAGGGAACAUGUGAAGAUUGUUUGGUUGUCAGCGUUGGAGCAGUCAACAGAAACCGGGAAAGAUGGCGAGGACGCACACUCGCAUGUUCCUCGCCUUGGCUUUGCUGGGAAUGUUCUUUCUCGAGGUGUCGGUGAAAGGAGAGCUGCAACAGGCGGAGGAGGAGGUGGAGAUGUCCUGUCAGGGAGCCUUCGACCUCUAUUUUGUCCUGGACAAAUCCGGCAGUGUGAAGAAUCACUGGAAAGAGAUUUACUCCUUUGUAAAGCAGGUGGCAGAGAAGUUUAUCAGCCCCAUGCUGAGAAUGUCCUUCAUCGUCUUCUCCACACGAGGAAACAUCAUCAUGAAACUGACUGAGAACAGGGAGGCCAUUACUGGAGGCUUAAGAGAUCUGAAGGGGGUUAUUCCUGGAGGAGACACAUUUAUGAACUUGGGCCUGGAGAUGGCUAAUGCACAGAUACAUCAAGAGAGGCAUGGGACAGCCAGUGUUAUCAUCGCUCUGACGGAUGGAGAACUGAAUGACUGGCAGUUUGACACAGCUCAGCGAGAGGCACAGAGGGCCAGGUCUAUGGGAGCAAUUGUUUACUGUGUUGGGGUCAAAGAAUUCAACCAGACCCAGCUUGCAACUAUUGCAGACACGGUGGAUCAUGUGUUUCCUGUGUGGGGGGGCUUCCAGGCCCUCAGGGGAAUCAUUGACUCAAUCAUCAAGAAGUCCUGCAUUGAGAUUCUGGCAGCGGAGCCGUCCAGUGUGUGUGCAGGAGAGCGUUUCCAGGUGGUGGUGAGAGGCAACGGUUUCCUCCACGCCAGAAACACUGAUCACGUGCUGUGCAGCUUCAAACUCAAUGAUACGUACACAGUGGAUGAGAGACCAGCUGGAGUGGAGGAUACCUUCCUGCUCUGUCCUGCUCCUGUUGUAGAGGAGGUCGGGAGGGUGAUCUAUCUGCAGGUGAGCAUGAACGAGGGCCUCUCCUACAUCACCAGCUCUGUCCACAUCACCACCACUGAAUGUUUUGACGGCACCAUCGUGUUGAUAUCGUUGCUGGUGGUCUUCCUGCUGUUGGCUCUGCUGCUGAUGUGGUGGUUCUGGCCUCUCUGCUGCACUGUGGUUAUCAAAGAACCUCCACCACCCCCACCUCCAGAGCCUGAGUCGGAUGAUGAGGAUGGGAUGCCAAAGAAGAGGUGGCCCACAGUGGACGCAUCUUACUACGGUGGAAGAGGAGUGGGUGGCAUCAAACGCAUGGAGGUGCGAUGGGGGGAGAAGGGCUCCACUGAGGAGGGUGCGAAGCUGGACAAACCGAAAAACGCAGUUGUGAAGAUGCCAGAGCAGGAAUUUGAACCAUAUGAGCCCAAACCUCGAAAAUCACCCCGCCGCCCCCCACAGCAGAGGAGGUGGUACACACCCAUUCAGGGGAAGCUGGACGCUCUGUGGGCUCUGUUCAGGAGAGGUUACGACCAAGUGUCUCUGAUGAGACCGCACCCCGGGGACCAGGGCCGCUGUAUUCGCUUCCAACGGGUCAAAGAUGAGGAGUCGAACAACCGGGCUCCUCCUCCUCCUCGUGCACAUCAGUCUCCCUCGCCUCCGCCCCCUCCUCAUCCUACUGCACCCGCCGAAGAGCGACCUCUGGUCUCCAAUUCUGUCCCCCGCACAAAACCACCGUCCAGAGGGCCCCGCACCACGCCGCCCUCCCGCGCAGCCCCUUCCGUGGUCCAGUGCCCUCCGGGUCCACCCCCAACUCGCGCACCCCCGGGGCCUCCAGGACCCCCGCCAUCUCGACCCCCACCCAGGCUCUCGUGAUGAAGAAUGGGGCCUCCAAUAAACCACUGAUACAUCAACUCAUUCAGUUAAAAAAACAAAAACACAAAAAAAACAUGUCCUCCUUUCACCCCAAAGACUGAGAAAAUCUGAAAAGCCUGGAGCCAUGCAGCUCUGUGCUUUGUUGCUGGACAGCAAAAUAUUUAUCUGAUAACAAAAUCAGCUACUGAGUUACAUCAAGAUAACAUUCUUUACCAUGAAACAUAGAAAAAUGCAUGUAGUUCCUUGUACUUAGUAGAGUUCAUGUUGACAUAAGUGGUGCGAGUAAGUGCAAAUGUUUCUGGAGAUUCGGCAGAAAGGAUUUAUGUGUUGUUGAAAGUUGAGUACGAAUGAAUGGUGAAGAUGAAUUCACCUGUUUCCUGUGGGUUUGCAGAGAAUCGUAAUGUUGGGCGAGCGUGUAGUGAGAAAUAACAGCAUGUAGUGAUGGUGGUGUUGCCUUGGUUUUUAAAUGUACACUAUAUUAGGUUGCUAUGAAUCACAUGGAUGCGUCGUUUUACCUUUUUUAACCAAUUUUCUUUCUACAUCCUUGUUUUAAAAAUUAAGUUAGGGGAUCUUAUUGCAACUGCAGGGCAGUUUCACCAUAUUUUAUUUAUUUUAACACAGGCCCUGUCUGCAUCUGCUUUCUAGUUAGUAUCAGGUGGAUUUCUGGGUCCUUGAGGGGGGGGGGUAUGUUGGUGGAGGGAAGCUUUGUGUCUGUGGUUUUGCAUUGAAAAUAAGUAUCUUCAGGAUCAUCCUGAAUCCUUUGUGACUGAAAUGAUCAUUGGCAUUAUUUCUAUACUAACUUUUCUUCAAUAAACAUGUUUUUUUCUACAAGUGACCUGGCAGUGAUUUUCUUUCCUCUUGAUAUAAAGUGUGAUGUUUCAAAUUUUCAAGAUGACUUUUUUGUGCACCGUCAUAAUGAAUCAGCUUACAAACAUUUGAGCUGACGUAGCUCUAAGGAGAUGGGGCCUGGCUCUGCACGAACUAAUGACAUGUUUAUUAGUUCACUGAAUAUACUGCAGGAACAUUUGGAAAUGUUCUUUAAUUAAACUAAUUACAGUUCCGUUGCUGUCAGGACUCUAAUAAUCCAUCCCUGGCAUUUAUAUAGCCAGUCUACAAAGUCAAUGACCGGAUUCUAAGAUCAUCAAUGGUUCGUUCAAAGUCAUAUUUCUGGAACACGUCGCUCUGAUGUAAAUCUUUUCGACGCUCGUUUCCAUUUAAACCGCCAGUGCACUCAGUGGCUUUGGAACAGAUUCAAAACACAUUUCUUUCAUUAUGGGCUGUGUGCAGUAAACAUAAGUAAAUUUUAUACACUCAAAUUAAAAUCCCAAGUGCAAAAGUGUGAAGAAGCUAAAGGGGGUUAAGGUUGUUUGUUGAAGUACAUAAAUACACAUAGUAUAUUAUUGCAGUACUGAUGAUGUCAGGUCUGAAAAUGUCCUGAAUCAGCAGCUACAUCAUCUGCUCCUGUCCUGAGAAACGCUGACAGACACAGUGAGGCUCAGACACAAAGGAUCAUGGUCAGUUUGUCACUUCAUGACUCAUUUUGCUGCAAUCUCUCUCAGGAUAUGAAUCACACAAGGCUUUUACAUCAGCCUGCACCCCCACAACAUAUG